AUGAUUCUCACUACAAAACCACCAUAUCCUUCAAAACAUCUUCCCGUUGUCUCGCCCUCACAAAGGCCACCGAUACACGCCAUACCCAAGAAACCCCUCCUUGACAAAACGCGGCUUAUCGCCCAUCGCCUCAAACACCUCUGGAGCAAGUCUCCCCCCGAAACCAACGCAUACCCCAUCUUCCCUCCAACACCAGAAGAACUCCUCGCCAAACCAUCCACCUACCUCUACAACCUCCCCCAACGCAUCUACCGAGCCCCCAGAGACCAACAAGAAGACUCACCCCUCUUCUCUUUGUACCGCCUCUACGAACACCUACCUCUAAACUACAACACCGGUCUACGAAAAAAACUCGAAUACUUCUGGUACACCAAAUGGCCCGUAUCCUCUUUUCCCGAUCCCAAGGAUCAAUCUAAAUCUCGCUAUGCAUUGUUAUCUGGUAUCCCGGGGUUAUUGGUUGAGUCGUUCAAUGAGCGUAUCCAAUUAGGGCUGCCGCGGAAGGCGGAUUGUAUUGUUACGCGUGAGGAGUUGGGGCGGUAUCAGAGGGAGGAGAGGGGGUUUGAGGUUGUGACUGAGUGGACGAGGAGUGUGCGUAGGUUGGAAGGGACACUGGUUAUUCGGCAUGAGGAUGGUGAGGUUUUGACGUCGUUUCAGGAUGAGAGGGUCAGUGAGCAGUUGGCGGAGAAGACUGUUUUGUAUUAG